UCGAACGGAUAAAAAAGGCGUCAGGGGAAAAGGGCGGAUCGGCACUUUCGCGACGACGUUUGUGUGUCACGCGAAAAGUGCGGGCUAGUUUCUCCGGUGGGUCGGUGAGGACCUACUUCCACGACGAGAGCAGAGCAGAAGUAGGCGCCGAAGGUGAAAUCCGAAGAAGUGCACGUAAAUCCUUCACGAGAGUGACGUAGCCUCGUUUUCACGGCGGGGAAGAGAGAGACAGAAAGACGCAGCGGCGCCGUAGUUGAGCGCGCUGCCACCAGGAGCGCUGCGGGAUGUGGGUUAGCAGCAGCUGGGCGCAGCAGUCGGCUCAGUCAGUGUUCGCCGGGACGCCUCACCGUACGCGUCGAAGAGAGGACGAGGCACAGGACGCGACACAGCAAGUACAGAGAGAGAACGCGGAAAGCUGGUCGAGAGAGAUAAGCGAGGUCGGCGCGCUGUCGCCUCACGAUGGGGUGAAGUCCGGGGCGGGCUGGCGAGCGGCGGAGCCCACGAUGAGCCCCGCCUCGCAGGGCGGGCUGGAGCUGAAGCGCUACAUCGGCAGCUGCCUCAUCUCGGCGCCGCGUAAGGCGGGCGAGGGCGGCGCGGCGCUGGCGGCGGGUCCUGCCCCGGCGCCGGCGCCGCUGUGCGGGCUGCCGCUCAUCUCGCUGGCGCCGCGGCCCGGCGCCUUCUCGCGGCUCGCCAUGCACACGCAGGGCGCGCCGCUCAUCCUGGCCGGCCGGUACGGCGCCCGCAAGCAGGGCCAGGGCCAGGGGCAGGGCCAGCGGCAGCAGCAGCGGGGGCCGGCCGUGGCGCGCGCCGCCGAAGCCACCACGGAGGCCGCCGGUAGCGGUGGAGGCGGCGGCAGGGCCACCAGCAGCGACUCGCUCAACACGGCCAGCGACGAGAGCUCGGGCCCGUCCGAGAACAGCCUGCCGCGCAUCAUCAAGCCCCGCAAGCGGCGCAAGAAGGACCGCAAGCCGCCGGCGGCUCCCGCCGCCCACCAGCCGGCAGCGCCGCCCUCGCCGGAGGCGGCCGCCCCGGAGGGCUCCAGCAUAGUGACGCUGCGGCCGUACGUGCCGCUGUGCUUCGAACUGUACGACGCCGCGCGGCCGCCCCCAGCCGCCAGCGCGCGCCGGGCCGCCGAGCCGAAGCGGAGCGAGCCGCCCAGGAGCAAGCCGAGGCCGCAGCUGCAGCUGCAGGUGCAGGCGGCGCGCGGCGAGGACGGCCGCCAGCAGCAGCAGCAGAGCCCGCCUGCCCUCUCGGCGUCGGCGUCGCCGUCGCCGUCCGUGUGCCAGUGCCGCUACUGCGACCCCCGCGGCCACAUUUGGGACGUGCACCGCCACUGCUACUCGCCGGUGCUGACGGCGCCCGCCCCGGACGAGUCGCCGUUCGCCAGCAUCCCCCUGUUCCUGGGCGAGCCGCCCGCCGGCCACGCCGCCGACACCGACGACGGCUUCUUCAGCGAGGACCUGCCCACGUCUGCGUCGCCCACCUCCCUCUCUGGCGACGGCCGAGACCCGCCGGCCGACGGCGGCAGCGCGCUGCGCCGCAGCUGGAGCGGCUGCUCCUCUUCUUCUUUCUCCUCGUCUUCUUCUUCUUCUUCUCCGUCGCCGCCGUCGCUCGCCGGUGACCCUGGCGGCCGCGCGCGCACUGCAGCCGUCGCCGUCGCCUCGCAGGGGCUGCAGGUGUCCACCGAGAUAGUGACCUCCCCCAACGGCCACCGCGACCUCGAGAUCAGGUUCUACUCGAGCUCGCCGCCGGGUCGGGAGGCUGCUGCGAGCGAGGCCCGCGUCCGGAACGAGGCGGCGUGGCCCGCGAGCCGGCCGCGAGGCGGCGCCCUGUGGGGCAGCGGCGGGCCGGACGAGCACGGCGCCGGCGCGCUCGGCGACGAGGUGCUGCAGCUCAGCAUACGCGCCGAGGAGUAGCCCGCGCGCUCUGCGGCGCCAGCCACUUCUCCACCUCACCUGCCCGUCUCCUGCACGCACUUCUCUCGGUCGCCGUCACUCGCAACUCAGCAACUUCCUAGCACGCCGUAGAAACCGUAGUCGGCGACAGAACGCGUACGAUUCUAGGAACUCGUUUCUGCUUGCAAAACAUUUACCUCCGUGCCAACGUUUCACGUUCGGAGUAGUAUUUCGAAGGUACGUAGAUAGGUACUAGGUACUGGUGGUUUUCUACUUCCAGUCUGGCUGCGGUACAUUCGCGGAAAGUCGCUACUGACAGAAUUAUCGUCGAACCGCAGUGUUACGACGUAACUAAGCCUCUGGCGCGUAACCCGAAUUCCGCGUGGAUUUUACUUGUCGUACACUUCCUACAGGAUUAAUGUUGUGACACUGAAUGAUCUUUGAAGAACACUUCGGGGGCUCGAGUUAAUGUUUGUAAUUUACGGUGUCAUUUCACAUCGGAUAACAACGCAUCCCAAAGUGUGAGACAACGCAGUAUUUCGCUGCGUUCAUGUUCUGCGCAUGAUGUUAACUUGUUCGAGGACAUAACAGUAUUGUGUUGAAUUACUUGAUGACAAGAUCACCUCUCACUCACUCUCUCUGCGCGCGCGCGCAUAUGUGUGU